ACAAAAAAACGCUACUUUUUCAUUUAAAAAAAUGGACAAUAGAGACAAUAAAACCAACGACUCUGCACGCUUCUGGCUCAUUCUUCUAUUCACGGCCACCGUCCCCGAGAAACUAGCAAAAAAUACUCCAACCAAACAUGAGUCUACAGUCGGAUGCCGUUUUCCAGAAAAUCAUCGAUGGCCUGAAGGAGAACGAGGCUAAGGCCAAGGCUGUGAAUGGUGUGUUUGUCUAUAAAAUCACCAAGGAUGGCAAGGUGGCCAAGGAAUGGACUCUGGACUGCAAGAGCGCCAAGGCCUAUGAGGGACCCGCACAGGGCGUCAAAGUGGACACCACCCUGACGGUGGCUGAUGAGGACAUGGUUGAUAUUGCCCUCGGCAAGCUCAAUCCCCAGGCAGCUUUCAUGAAGGGAAAAUUGAAGAUUGCCGGCAACAUCAUGCUCACACAGAAGCUGGCGCCUCUGCUCAAGACCGAUGCCAAGUUGUAAGAGGCAGGCAAAGAAGGAGCACCAAGGAGCAGCCGCAUUCCAAGCAGUCACAUUUCUGUAUAUCUAUAUUUUUUUGGCGUAUUUCGUAUUCAUAUGUUUUUGUUUCACCCUCUAAUUAAUGUUAUUUUUGUACGGGAA